AUGGUGGCUUUGACGCAAGCGAUUGAGCAAGAGCCCUUUUUUGAGUUCAACCCCUCAGCGCCCGAGUUCAAUCCAUCUGCGCAAAGGUACAUCUCAGCAGAUGAAGGGUAUCUAUGUUCCGCACAGCCUGGGCUACAUCCAGCGGCCAAGGGACGCUCGGGCAGGCCGGGUGGAGCGGUGCCUCCAGAUCGUGGUCAGGAAGGCACAGAGAGCCAGGAGCCCGAGCUUCUGGAAAGAGCGUUGAGCUGCUCUCCACAACUUGCAUGCCGGCCAUCGCAGCGUCGCAAACAACCCGGACGGAGGAGCUGUGCCACUGCACCGGCUUCGCCUGCCCUCCUGCCAUCAGAGGGCAAGAGCAAGUCAGCCCCAAGUCGCUGUGCCAACGGCGAGGAGGUGUCGACACUGGUCAUCAAGAAUCUGGCGCUAGACUUCCGGAAGGAAGACGUUGAGAGCUACCUUCUGAACCAGGGGGCAGGAGCUGAGGUAGAGCUCCAUGUUGACCCUGCGAGUGGCUCUUUUCGAGGCACCGUCUUCGUGAGAUAUUCAUCUUCCGCGAAGGCGCGGGAGGCCUUGCAGAAGCUUGGGCCAUCGCCAGAGAUUGGUGGCCGGAAGGCGAGGGUCGAGGUGCAGAAGUGCAAGAAUCUCUUUGGGCGAAAGAGCUCCGGGGGUGAGCUGCCCCAGGAGCUAGCCAUGGUGCAGCGAGAAAUCGAUAAGUUCCUCCGUGACUCCGAAAAAGAGGUGUGUUUGUCGGUGAGCUUCGAUGCCCAUCAGCGCAAGUACGCGCACUCCCUAGCAGAGAGGCACAAUCUGGUGCAUGCCACGCGACAGAACGAGUUGGGACAGACGUACGUCUAUCUCAGCAAGUGCCGCUCCAGCCAAGUGGCUGGAAGCCGCAAGAAGGCAUUCUCGAUGGAUGUCCGAUCGCCCCAGCUUUCUGCAUCAGGCAUUGCCAUGGGCGACAUGGGUGGCUUCGAGGCUCAUAGUCAAAGUUGCUACGUGGGUCCUCUUUCGCCUCCUGGUCUGCUCUUUCCAGGCCUUGAUCUCGGCACUCCAAUGAUUGGGCCAGACCUUUUGGCAACUGAUGACGGAAUGUUCAUGCUGCCGAGUGCGGCACUGUCUCUUCCACCUGGUAUUGAGCCACUGAGUGGCAUGCCAGGGCUGACGCUGCCCCCAAUGUGGCCAGCUAGCGAUUCAUGCCUGCCUGGAGAGGUCACAGAGCCUCCUCCCGGUCUGGAGUUUCAAGGUCUUGCAGCACUUGCUGAAGGAUUGUGCAAGGACCUCGUUGCAGCAGACCACGAGGAGCUCUACAUCGAUCUCAAGUACGCAGACGUCCCCUCGUCGGUAAUGUCCACCGAGGCUGCAGCACGCACAGGGCUGUACGCUAUGCACGUGCCGCCAUUUUGGCUGCGAGCCACCGUCUUCGAAAGUGAGACCGGGAGCCGCCUAAUGCGCGUGGCCACGCUGCUGUGGCUGCCCUUCAUCGCAGAUUGCCACUGGCAACAGCGGCGCCAUGAGCUUGCCCAGGAGCCCCGCCCGGUGAGUCCGAGUGAGCCGCGAGAGAGCCAGAAUGCCACGGAUGGCAUGGACGAUUUACAUGCCAAGCCGUACGAAUGGCUUUGCGUGCCCAAGGGUGCAGCAAGCAUCAUGCUGGAGGCCUGGCAAGAGUUAAGAGCACAGCGCAUCUUUGAAGCCGUGGCUCUGCAGGCUCGACAUGCGCAGGCGGGCGCCCUGUACAGAAGCGAUUGGAAGGGCGCCUUUAAGGACUUGACCAGCGUCAAUCUGAAGAUCUCUUUGACCACCUACGACGUGAAACAACGUGCAGAUGAGCAGAUGUCGGCAUAUGCGUUGCCAGCCGCGCUGCAGUUUCCGACGGCCCCACUGCUGCCAGUGCCAGUGGGUACGCAGGCCGUGGUUGGCGGCGAGCGCAUUGCUAUGCCGCCUCAGCCGGCCAACCUCACUCGGAACUUACCACCUCCAGAUGUUGUCAAUGCUCAGAAGGAGCAGAACUUUCGGGAGGUUGACGACCAGCUGCAGCAGGCUCAAAUGCUUUUAGAGGAGCAGACCCAACGCGAGAAGGAAUUUCUCCGCUCGCAAGCUUCACAGGCCAAGGAGGUGGUUGCUGGCCGGUGGGACCAACAUCUCCGGGCCCAGGAGAUCUCUGCAGAGCAAGACUUCCAGAAGGCUUUGGCUCAGCUGCACGAGUCUGCGCGUGUGAUGCGGCUCAAGCUAGAGGAGCAGGCCAACCAGCUGAUCAUUGAGUUCCAAACUCGAAAAGCGCAAGAGGAAAUCAACCGCCACAAGCAUGAGGUAGAGUUGCAUCACUGGGAGGCAGGUUCUUGCCAUUGCGCCCCACCUCUCUGA